UUCCUCUUACAAGUAAAGUGAAACCUGUAGUAAAGUUCUCAUAUUUCUGGCUAAUUUACUUUCAUGUCAUUCUGAAAUCUGGUCCAAAACUACUUCCAGCUUGCAAACAACAGAAAUUAAGGAAACUGUAAAGAGCUCCUUUCAAGCGUGUGUAAGCGAUACUUAAGAAUGUGCUGGCCCUUUAAGAAUUGUCCCAUUGAGCACAGACGCUUCUCCACUUCCAAUGGGAAUGGAGAAAACUGGAAGGCUGCGAGAUUUCAGACCAGUUGCUAGAAACAGCGGAACAUCAGCCAGGCGUCUGGUCUUGUAACGGAGUUACAGAUUUGAUACGUAAUGUGUGUUGUGAACGGCUGUUACGAGUAGGAGUCAAGUGAGGCCCAGAGUGCAAUGGAGAGAUAGUCCGAAGAACAAGGAUGUCCGCGGAAGUGGAUGAAGGAGCACCCGAGGAAAAUGCAAUGGCCCCGGAGGAUGUGGUUGAAGAUCAGGCGUCCUCAAGGGUGGAAUGUGCGAUUAACCGACCCAGCCUACAACGGUUUCGUAGAGGUCUUUCCAGUCUACUUAUAAUAAUCGCUGUACCCCUUGUUGCAGUCGGUUAUAAAUAUUAUCAGGAACAGCAGCUCAAACAGCGUCAUGAACUGGGGUUGAAAGCAUUGGGAGCUGAUGGCCUCUUCAUCUUCUCGUCAUUGGACACUGAUCAUGAUUUGUACCUCAGUCCUGAGGAGUUCAAGCCUAUAGCUGAAAAGCUCACAGGCAUUGCUGCGCCUCCUGAUUAUGAAGAGGAUGUGCCCGAUGAUCCUAAUGCAGAGAUCAUAACCCUGCAGGCUAAAAUGCAGCCCUUGGUGAUGGACUCUAUGACCAAGAGCAAAGAUGGCUUUUUAGGGGUCACUCACAGGUCGCUGAGCGGGCUCCGCUCAUGGCAGGCUCCUGCUGUGCCUUCCGGCACGUUCUCAGCCAACCAGUUCAGAGUUUUCCUGCCACCCAAGAAUAAGGAGGCCGUGGGUGACACUUGGUGGAUCAUUCCAAGUGACUUGAACAUCUUCACUGGAUAUCUGCCAAACAACCGCUACACUCCUCCUCCACCCCGAGGCAAAGAGGUGUUCAUUCAUUCUCUCCUCAGUAUGUUCCAUCCGCGGCCUUUUGUCAAAUCCCGCUUUGCCCCACAGGGUGUUGUGGCCAGUAUUAGGGCCGUAAGCGACUUCUACUACGACAUUGCAUUCAGGAUUCAUGCAGAGUUCCAGCUGAAUGAAGUCCCAGACUUCCCAUUCUGGUUCACACCGGGACAGUUCACUGGCAACAUUAUUCUGGCCCGAGAUUCCUCCCAUGUCCGUGAAUUCCAUCUUCAUGUGCCGAACGACCGGUCCCUCAAUGUGGACAUGGAGUGGUUGUAUGGAGCCAACGAGGCCAGUAACAUGGAAGUGGAUAUAGGAUACUUGCCACAGAUGGAACUUCAAGCAACAGGGCCAUCUAUUCCCACAGUCAUUCAAGAUGAGAAUGGCAAUGUGAUUGACAGCCGCCAAGAGGGCAGUGAGCCCAUUCAGUUUGUCUUUGAGGAGAUCAACUGGACAUCAGAAAUCCACAGAGAGGAGGCUACACGAAACAUCGAGGUCACCUUCUAUCCUUUUAAAAAGGUUUCAUAUUUGCCUUUCACUGAGGCCUUCAGCAGAGCCCAGGCGGAGAAGAAGCUGGUCCACUCCGUACUUCUCUGGGGUGCUCUGGAUGACCAGUCCUGCUGAGGUUCGGGGCGAACUCUCCGGGAGACAGUCCUGGAAAGUUCGCCCGUUUUGGCCCUGCUGAACCAGAGUUUCGUUAGCAGCUGGUCCUUAGUCAAGGAGCUGGAGGACCUGCAAGCUGAUGUGACUAAUCCGGUCUUGAGUCAGCAGGCCCAAUUACACUUGGAGAAGUAUAACUUCCCAGUAGAGAUGAUCGUAGCACUGCCCAACGGUACAGUGGUCCAUCAUAUAAAUGCCAAUAAUUUUCUGGAUCAGACAUCUAUGAAGCCAGAAGAUGAAGCUCCAUUUAGUUUCUCUGCUGGUUUUGAGGAUCCUUCAACCUCUACUUACAUUCGCUUCCUUCAAGAAGGAUUGGAGAAGGCAAAGCAGUAUCUGGAAUCUUAAAGACUUUCCAUAGAGGCUGUAUGUAUGUGGGAGAGGAGGUGUUGGGGAGGACAAGGGGUGAAGAAGAGGAAGUGACCUGAUUACAGAAAGAGUGGCCUCCAUCUGAAGUACUAAAUCAAAGAUAAGGCCCAAAGAAUGCUCUGAAACUUUGUGGAGUUAAGGUUCGUCACACUUAUCUGCCUGAGUUAAACCUUUUGCCUGUGAACAGUCCAGAUGCUGUCAGUAGAAUCAGUUUUAAAAAGGGGUUGUUUUUAUAUCCGUCCAUUAAAUAUACGUCCAAGUUAAAUUUUAAAAUCCCACAUUUUAUAGACCACUCAAAUGGCAAUGCAGUACCUAACUUUAAUGGACAUGGAUAAUAUCUAUUGCUCAAAUAGUUUGAGCUUUUCUGCUAUUUAUGAUUUUUUUUCCCCCCAACUACUGCAACCACUACUACUAUUUGUAAUAUUUAUAGUUAAUAGAUUCUGUGGCAUAUCUUCAUGGCAGUGUGUGUAAAGCGAGCUGGUCCAGAGGUGGAGUUGAUGCUUUCUGAGCUUGAACUAUUUGUGACGGCCUGGCCCGAAAGGCCCACGUGGGCGGGGCCCGGCCUGAUGUCUUUGUUGAAGCCGAGGAAAGCGCUAACCUCCCUUCUUCCCCAAGGGAGUCAUCAGUCCGUACAGGAGAGCAAUGCAGAGGCUUGUUGUUUAACACACCACAGGGCUUAAAACGACUCACCGUGUAAAUCUAUAUGACAUUUUCUGCAAUAAAGGACCGGCUAAGUCUUAAGUAAACCAAAGAUGAAAACUAUAGCGAUGUAAAGUUAUAUACAAUGAAAAGGCGGUCACAACUGUUUUUUUUAAAGUGUCUACAUAUGCAAAGGCUCCUUUUGGAAAGGAAUGUACUUUCAUGUUACUUUUUUAUGACAUCUGGUUUCACAAUUGUCGGAAUAAUGUUUGGACAAACAUUUGCUGCCAAGUGUUUCUUGGAUGUGUUUUCCGUCUGGAUAAUUUGACGUAGGCAGUACAACAAAACUGGUGAGUAUUUCUCCCACAGAGAGGAGGCCAACGAGCAGACAUGAAAAUUGUGGCCUGAAUAAAUGUUGACGUUUUCAAAUGUAA